CUGUCCGGAUGUGUAUUUUUCCUGGCGUUUAAACUCUGCCUGCGUCGUCUAUCAGGCAGAAAACAUUAUUUUAAAAAGCGGUCAGACAUGAAACUGAUGUUAACGUGUCUGGAAGAACAGGUUUUGAUCAUACAUGAAAAUGAAUGACGAGCAACUUCGCCGAGGUGGAAGUGACACACGUGCUCCCGUGAGGUGUUUUUGGCGCCCAGGCGUUUUAAUAUGACGUCAGUGGCCCAAACAGCUGAUCUCGUCGCGUCAACUAUGCGCCGCGCCUUGCCAAUACAGCACGAGUUUCACCUUGUUGUGGACGCGCACACACUUUUAUUGACGCAACGACGACGACGGCUAGCCUUAGGACGACAUGCCGAAAUAUUGCGCGGUGCUCAACUGUAAAAAUGACUCAGCGGGCCGCAGCGACCGGAUAAGUUUCUACAAGUUCCCCCUGCAGGACCCUGAGCGGCUGCAGCUGUGGCUGAGCAACAUGGGACGGGAGAACUGGACUCCCUCACGACACCAGUACAUCUGCCACGAGCACUUUGCGGCGCCGUGCUUCAAAGUACGUUGGGGGAUCCGUUACCUCGAGAGUGACGCCGUGCCCACCAUCUUCCGGAAAGCCGAGAAACGCAAAGUGGUGGAUGGUACUGAGAAGAAAGUGAAAGUGUUUUGCCCAAACACUAAUCCAAGUCUUGCACCGUCAGUGGACAGAACGGUAGAACAAGUUGACUCGUCACAGAUGCAUGGGAUCAACUUAAGGGAGUCGGGUGAGGGUCCAGAAUCCAAGCAGUGGGCUGUGGUCAUGGGUUCAAAUACCGCAAACCUGCCUUUGACGGUAAUGCACUCGGUCGAUGAUCACGGCGACAGCGAGGUGGUGGUUCUGUCUUGUGACGGCCAGGAGGAGCUGCUGGGCGAGAUCGCCAUCACUGUUCCCAACUCCGCCCACAGACUUGUUUUCAGAGACCCAUCAACAGAAGAAAUCCCCACGGCGGAGUCAUGCCACAUCCAGCAAGGCCACGAAACGCAGGUCAUCACUUACUUUGAGAUCAUACCCGAUGUCCUCCCCAGCGACGUUUGCGCCCAUUUGCGGGUCUCCCAGGACAUGGUGCUUUCGUCCGCCCUGAGCCCCGAGCCCAUCGCGUCCACUCUACCUAUCGUGUCCAAACACGCGAUGACGCCUUUGCUUUCCCGCAACUUUGGGGCAGGAGGAGGCUACAAGCAGCAGGAUGCCGCCGUCACACAGGGGCAAGACCACCAGCUGGAGGAGCACUGCUACCACAAGCACCAUCUGAGCAAAGCGCAGCUGGAGGCCAUCGUGGCCAGAUUGCAGAAGAAGGUGAAAGUUCUGCAGCAGCGGCACCGGCGCCACCUGGAAAAGCUUCUAGGCCUUGAGGCGACGGUGAGCCAGCUGCGGCAAAGCAACCUGCUGACUGAAGAGCGACUGCAGCUGCUGGAGAGGGCGUACAUGCAGACCAGCGCCAGCGAGACGGUGGCCAUCAUCUACGAGGAAGACAAGGCGGCCUAUUUUUACACUCUGAACGGCGGCGAGGAGAAGCUGUGAAGGUCUCCACACUCAGGGGCCAAAGAAAGACAAACACUACUGUUAUUUUUGUAGUAAUCGUUUGAAACGCGGAUGUGGCUUGAUAAACUGUGAUAUUUGCACAAUUCUGGAUGAUAACUGGGGACAAUACUGAAUGUCUUUUUUUAAGUUUUCACUCUUUCAUCGCAGCCAUCUUUUUGUUUCAGCUGGAAUCCAAUUAAAAUGUAACGCUCAUUCAAUGUCGCUUUUGUUUUCCUCCGCGGUUAAAAAAUCUAAAGUUAAGACAUUGAUCCAAUCAACAGUUUGUCACAUUAAUCGAGUAAUCUGAUAAAACACUUUAUAACCUCAAUGUGUAUUGAAAUGAUCAGCCAUUCUUCCACUUGCCAAAACCUUUAUUCUUUUUUGUAAUAAAUGCACAUCAUCAACAUUGAAAUUGCACAGUUAACGUGUGUAUUAAUAAAAACAACACACACUACCACUCGUGUGUUAUUGCAGUAGUUGUGUGAAAUAUCGCCACAUAUUCAAAGUUCCAGCCUCUCCAUGCGGUCAGGAUGUUUAUAAAUUUGUCACAAUCAUUAAACAAUUAAUCAGAUAAAGAGAAUACCAAUCAAAGCUUUUUUUUACAGAUUGAUUCAUCUUUGCAGCCCAGUGUAUUUAAUGACAUUAUUUCUACUCAAUUCUAUUUGGUUGUUGUUAAAACUAAAUCAGGGGUGUCCAAAGUAGGGCCGAGGGUCCAUUACAUGCACAUUCUAAAAAAUACAAUCACUUAAAAAAACAGCAAAAAGUGUAUGAAAAUUACCCAAAAAGGAAUGAGGGGAAUAUAAAUGUUGCCACGAAUAAUACAAAUUUUCAUUGCAAGCUGCAAUAUGUGCUUAGCAUAUUGCAUUAGUUUUUAACUAGUAACCAUGAAUUGAUGAACGUGGACCCCGACUUAACCAAGUUGAAAAACUUAUUGGGGUGUUCCCAUUUAGUGGUCAAUUGAACGGAAUAUGUACUGUACUGUGCAAUCUACUAAUACAAGUUUUAAUCAAUCAAUGCUGUCAAAGGAAUAAUUUUUACUCAUGAUUAAUCACAGGAAAUUACUGGCUUACAUCUGUUGUGUGGUCAACUUGUCACUUAUUAGUUGGUGCACUCUGAGCUUAAAUAUUACACAAAUAAAGCUCAUUGUCUUUUUCUGCCUUUUUA